AAGGAUGUGAUUUGGUCCUGUACGCCGUUUCUGUGUGUUCCUGCUGCCCUUUAGCGUCGAAAUGGAGCUCGGUGGACAUUAGAUGAGAGUGUACCUCUUCGAAUUCUCGCCCUAAACCCUUGGAGAAUGAUCCACCGGCAGGUUAUUUUAUCCCAGGUUUUGGUCUGCUUUGGGUUGACUGGUCAUUAUGCUGAUGCAGCUCUGUAGUUUCAAGAAUUUGUACCAGAAUCGUAUCCUGGGCCUGGCGGCCAUGGCCUCCCCAACCCGCAACAGCCAGACCCGCCAGCGCUGCAAGGAUGCGGUUCGUCACAGCUACGGCCCUGAGACCUAUGCUGUCAAUGCUCUGGACCAGGAGGCCUUCAUGUUGGGGCUGCCACGCUCCACCAGUGACACAGAUCUCGUCUCACCAGAUGCUCGCUCCACCCUCACCAUCAGCUCCUCCCACUACACCAUAGGACAGUCUGAAGACCUGGUGAUCACAUGGGACAUCAAGGAGGAGGUGGAUGCUGGAGACUGGAUUGGAAUGUAUCUUGUUGAUGAGGCUCUGUCUGAGAACUUUCUGGACUACAAGAACCGAGGAAUCAACGGAUCUCACAAGGGACAGAUAGUUUGGAAAAUUGAUUCCAGCUCUAACUUCAGUGACUCUGAGACCCAGGUCUGCUUCAGGUACUACCACGGCGUCACCGGAGCGCUGAGGGCGACCACACCCAGCGUAACCAUCAAGAAGGGCACAGUACCUGUAUUAAAGCCAGUGGUUAGUCCAGAAGUCAACCAUGGUUUGGGCAACAGGAGACUCGUUAACUUUUCCCUCUCAGACCUCCAGGCAGUUGGAUUGAAGAAGGGGAUGUUCUUCAAUCCUGACCCGUACCUGAAGCUCUCCAUCCAGCCUGGAAAGCACAGCAUCUUCCCCUCGCUGCCGCACCACGGCCAGGAGAAACGCUCUGGAGUGGCCUGCAACACAGUCAACCCUCAGUGGAGCACAGAGAGGUUUAACUUUGUGUCUCUGCCCACUGACGUCCUGGAGAUCGAGGUGAAGGACAAGUUUGCCAAGAGUCGGCCGAUCAUCAAGCGUUUUCUGGGGAAGCUGUCUGUCCCUGUCCAGAGGCUGCUGGAAAAGCAUGCUAUCGGGGAUCGGGUCGUGAGUUAUUCGCUGGGCCGCAGGUUGCCCACAGAUCAUGUCUGCGGCCAGCUGCAGUUCCGCUUUGAGCUGACCUCCUCUAUUCACCCAGAUGAUGAGGAGGUCUCCUUCGUCGUAGAGCCAGCCUGUCCAGAGGGUCAGGCUGAUGCCGACCUCCCUGCUGCUGCUGCUGCUGCUGAUGCUGAUGAUGAUGAUGACACACUGAGCGUGGGCCCUGACAUGCCUGAUCUCCCCUUGGAUGCUCCUCCUGACCCUGUAACCUCAGCGCCACCGGCCUCCACACCUGAGGAAUUCCAACCUGCUGAGAGGGAUGAGGGCGAGGCAGCGGAACAGGGAGAGCAAGGAGCUGUGGAGGAGGAGAGCACUGUGAGGGAGGAAACCCCGGCUGCUGUGCCCCAGAUGGAGCAGGAGGAGGGGGCCACAGCUGAACAGCAGGAGGAAACAGAGGAGGAGCAGAGAGAGGAGUCUGCACCACAAGCUGAGGAGGAGGUGACAGCGGACGGAAAAGAGGUUGGGAAUGAAACGCAGCCUGAGCCGGACUCAGCGGAGACACGUGAUGGAGCCGCUGGUGUGGAGGCUCCCACAGAGGAAAACACUUCAUCUCAGGAGGCCCCUGUAGACCCAGCUGAAGGGGCCCUGCCGGAGGUGACAGCGGAGGGAGAAAGAAGCUGUGACCCCCACUCCUGCCAGUCUCUCUUCUCAAACUACAACUCCCAUGCUCCCCCACGCCGUAAAAACCGCCCCUGUUCCCUCCCGGUGUCUGAACUGGAGACGGUGAUUGCGUCAGCGUGCGGCGAGCCGGAAACACCGAGAUCCCACUACAUCCGGAUUCACCACCUCCUCCACAGCCUCCCGUCAGCCCAAAACAGAGCACCCAGCCAGGAGGAGGAGCAGACCGGCGAGGGAGACAACACGAGCACUAAUCUAGACACCAACACCACAUCACCAACUCUUAAAACCUCCAAAGACGAGGAGGGACAGGAGGAUGAGGAAGAGGAGGAUACGACCCAAUCUCCUAGUCAGGUUCCAGAGUGUCCAGGGCCCUGCUGCCGGCGUUCUCUGCCCCGCAGCCUCUCCAUUGAACGUCUGUCAGAGCUGAACCAGCUCCUGGAAGGUGAGGGAGGUGGAGGACAUGCAGCCAUCAGGAGGAGCUCUCCGUCCUGCCUGGGGAGUGAGGAGGGAGACUCCAGUCAUGGAGGAGGCAGGAGAGUUGGCGGGAGCACUCACAGACCUCCAGGUGAAAACGAGUGUGAGUUUUGCGACACCUCCUGCUACAGCACCUCCUGCUACAGCACUUCCUGUUACAGCACGUCGUGCUACAGCAACUCAGGCUACGAGGGGAGGAAUCGCUUCUGCAGCCACACCCGCCUCUCCUCGGUCGACAGCAACCGGCUGUCUGGGAGCACCGUGUUCUCCUCCCAGGAUGAAGAUGAAGAUGAGGAGAGCGCCUUUGAGUCUGUACCUGAUGCCGGCCACAGCCCCGAGGGCCAGGAGAGCGGCGGGGCAGGAGGAGAGAGGAGGACGGGCAGAUGGAAGGAGGCCCGGAGAGGAGAGCAGGGGGAGCCAGCUGUGGCCGGGCCCAGUGACAGGAACAGCAUCGGCUCAGACUUCUCCCCACCUGUUGGCCAUGUUCCAGUCCUGCGACCCAGCCAUGACCUUAACCAUUUUCCUGCUGCCACUGACCAAGCCUUACCUCCAAACUGGGAAGCUCGCAUCGACAGCCAUGGGAGAGUUUUCUAUGUGGACCACGUCAACCGGACCACCACCUGGCAGAGACCGAGCCACGGCGGCAAGUGUAACCAUGGCAUCCCCCGCUCAGGGUCCACCCAGCAGAUGGAGCAGCUCAACCGCAGGUACCAGAACAUCCAGAGGACCAUGGCCACUGAGGAGGAGGGAGGGAGUCAGAGGUUAGAGCGGAGCAGCAGUACAGAGGCUGAUCCUGAGUCUGCUCAGACAGGCCCCACCUCCCCUGUCAAUCACCAGAAGAUCAGCCAUCUCCUCCAAUCACCUGCUGUCAAGUUCAUCACACACCCAGAGUUUUUCACUGUGUUGCACAGCAACUAUGCGGCCUACCGGAUGUUCACUAGCAGCAGCUGUGUGAAGCACAUGAUCUUGAAGGUGCGUCGUGAUGCCAGAAACUUUGAGCGCUACCAGCAUAACAGGGACCUGGUGGUCUUCCUCAACAAGUUUGCAGACACUCAGCUGGAGCUGCCGAGGGGCUGGGAGAUCAAGACUGACCCCCAGGGCAAGUCUUUCUUUGUGGAUCACAACAGUCGAGCCACGACCUUCAUCGACCCUCGGAUACCUCUGCAGAACGGCCGGCUGCCGGGACACCUCGCCCACAGACAGCACCUGCAGAGACUACGCAGCUACAGCGCUGGGGAGGCCUCUGAUGUGUCCAGGAGUCGUGGGGCUUCCCUGAUGGCCAGACCUGGAAACAGCCUGGUAGCUGCCAUCCGGAGCCAGCAUCACGGAGACUCACAGCCACUGACUGCUCCAUCUUAUAAUGACAAGAUAGUGGCGUUUCUUCGACAGCCAAACAUAUUUGACAUGUUACAGGAGCGACAGCCUAGCCUGACCAGAAACCAUGCCCUGAGGGAGAAGAUCCACUACAUCCGGACAGAAGGCACUCAGGGGGUGGAGAAGCUGUCAUGUGAUGCAGACCUGGUCAUCCUGUUAAGUUUAUUUGAAGAGGAAAUCAUGUCGUAUGUUCCACCUCACCCCAUUCACCCUGGCUUCAGCUUCUCUCCUCGCUGUUCACCCGCCUCCUCACCACAGAACUCUCCUGGCUUGCAGAGGGCCAGGGCUCCAGCUCCGUACCGCAGAGACUUCGAAGCCAAGCUACGAAACUUCUACAGGAAGUUAGAAGCUAAAGGCUAUGGCCAGGGACCAGGCAAGAUCAAGUUGCUGAUCAGAAGAGAGCAUCUACUGGAGGGAACCUUUAACCAAGUGAUGGCAUAUUCACGCAAAGAGCUGCAGAGGAACAAACUCUAUGUCACCUUCCUGGGGGAGGAGGGAUUAGAUUACAGUGGUCCAUCCAGAGAGUUCUUCUUCCUCUUGUCUCAGGAGCUGUUUAAUCCGUACUACGGUCUGUUCGAGUAUUCAGCCAACGACACUUACACCGUUCAGAUCAGCCCCAUGUCAGCGUUUGUUGAGAACCAUCUGGAAUGGUUCCGUUUCAGUGGUCGUAUUCUGGGCCUGGCCCUGAUUCAUCAGUACCUGCUGGAUGCUUUCUUUACCAGGCCCUUCUACAAGGCCCUGCUCAGGCUGCCAACAGAUCUGUCUGAUCUGGAGUAUCUGGAUGAGGAGUUCCACCAGUCUCUGCAGUGGAUGAAAGACAACGACAUCACCGACAUCCUGGACCUCACCUUCACUGUCAACGAGGAGGUUUUUGGCCAGGUGACAGAGCGGGAGCUGAAGUCGGGUGGCUCCAACCUCCAGGUGACCGAGAAGAACAAGAAGGAUUAUAUAGAGCGAAUGGCUAAGUGGAGGGUGGAGAGAGGAGUGGUGCAGCAGACGGAGGCGCUGGUCAGAGGCUUCUACGAGGUGGUGGACUCGCGGCUGGUGUCAGUAUUUGAUGCACGGGAGCUGGAGCUGGUGAUCGCCGGGACAGUAGAGAUAGACCUGGGUGACUGGAGGAGCAACACCGAGUACAGAGGAGGUUACCAUGACGGCCACAUAGUGAUGCGAUGGUUCUGGGCUGCUGUGGAGCGCUUCAACAACGAGCAGCGCCUCCGCCUGCUGCAGUUUGUCACAGGGACGUCCAGCGUUCCCUACGAAGGCUUCGCCGCCCUGCGGGGAUCCAACGGCCUGCGACGCUUCUGCAUCGAGAAGUGGGGCAAAGUCACAUCACUACCCAGGGCUCAUACCUGUUUUAACCGCCUUGAUCUGCCUCCCUACCCUUCAUACACUAUGCUGUAUGAGAAACUGCUGAUCGCUGUGGAGGAAACGAGCACGUUUGGCCUGGAGUGAAACAGACUAAACAGACAAACACUGCAUCCCUCUCUGUCUAACACUGGCUGGACCACAAUGUAAAGGAAAGCAGCCUCUGUGGGCUUCAUAUGUCGUAAAGAUUCCUGAAUUGUACUGGACAUUGUUUUGGUCAUGUGGAUGUAUGUACGUCACUGUUCUGGUUUUGUGUGUCUCUCUCUUAGCCAGGAGGAUCUUUCUGACUGCACCCAGCACCUAGGACACCGCAGCAGGACUACACUUAUUUUUUUAUUAAUGAGGUAUUAUUGGGGAAUGUGUAACCCUACACUGGCUUUCUAAAACAAUAUUUAUGUAUACCCAAAGAAUGGGUACGUACAAUGAAAUCAAGAUCAUUUGUGA